AUGGGUAUGCAGGGGCCUCUCACUGCCCAGGCCUUGGGCCGCUCUCCAUAUGACGAAGUCGUUGAUGGGGAAGGCGAGGACGAUCCGCGUCAUCCCACGCAGCAGUAUGACUAUCGUGGCCGCCCCAUCAACCCAGAAACCAAGAGGAUGAACCGCGACCUCAUCAGGGCUCAUAACGAAGUAAUGUUGGUGAUUGGAGUAGCGGAGCCAGAGAACCCUCACCCUGGAUCAGAGUACGAAUCGCAGUGUCGACACGAAAUAUAUGAGGAAUCCAUGGGUUUUCAAUUGCGUACCCCGGCUCAAAUUUGCAUUGAGUCUGCGGGCGUUUUUGGCGUCCACGGCCUUCGUCAGCGAAUCUUGAUACCAUUCUGGGAGUUAUUUCGGCGAGCCAGAACUGAUUUCUCUCUUACCAGAGACGUCCUAGCUGGCGCCCCAACAGCCUUGCUCAGCGACUACAUCGAAAGAAUGGUGGCACCCUUAUGGGUUAGUGAUGAUGAUGAAGAUAAGAAAGUACUUCGUCGUGUGAUCCAUGAAAUCUGGUCCUAUUUAAGAAUCCAUCUAGAGUUGCACGUCGCUAUGCAACGCCUGGGGAUUCUGCCCAAUGCAUUGUGGUUGCCUCACCCCAGUUUCUUUAUCCCGUUUACCAAAUCCUCACCAAUACCUGCUCCACCGUCACUUGAUGACUACUCGAUACCAUCCCUAUUAAAAUGGGUCGGGGGUGCCUUGAUAUCAGCAACUCCGUUCCUUGUGUGGAUUAUGGCUCAAAGGAUGGUGCGUGACUGGAAACAUCCAAUAUGGUCACGCAUAUUUAGGAAUCUUCCAAGUACUCUUUUUAAGAUCCACAGAUUACCGUUUUCACUGCAAUUCCCUCUUCCGCCGCUCAACACCCAAGUUGCCCCGCCGCCGCCACCUAAUCCUCCUCGAGUCGUGGACACGGAUGCAGAGAAUCGAACACAGGUCGAGAGCAGUGGUGGCGACAUGCCGGAGCAAACCGGGGACACGACUCCAGGAGGUCGGCCAGCCGAGCCGCAGACGCCCCGCCGGGCAAGUUUAUUCUCGACUAGAGGGGACGAGUACCCCAGUGAUGAUGAAGAUAACGAAGGAGUCAGUGCCACUUUGAUAAGUUUUGAUGUGGAGGCUUCAGAGUCUCAAGACGCACCGCCUGGUCUUUGGUCAGCGGAAUUACGGCCUAGCGCAGGCUCAGAUUCUCGAUCGAAUGGAAGCCCGCAGCCCAUAUAUUUAGAUACUUUGCUCACGCAAUUGCCAGCAGCCAUGGCAGCUCACGUGCUUGUGGAUGCUGUGUCCAGAGUUUUGAUGGCACCCUAUGAGGCCACAGCUCUUCGACUAGUCGCUCGCUCUUUCCGCAGUCGACAGGGCCUGCCAUGCUGGGAUAUUUACAAUGCGAAUAUGCUUAGUGGGUUUACAAGCACAGCGUUGGUCAACUUCUUGGGCAGUCAGCUGUUGCAUCUAACUCUUGCCAGUGAGGCUUGGGCGGUUGUUACAUGCGUGUCGCAAUGGUUCCACAUGACUGAUGAGGAGUGGAAAAUCGAGGAUACCAAGACACGAGAGUCGUCGGUUUAG